CUAACUCAUUUGCAAAUGUAGGUCACCCUGGAGGUUGAUAUGUCAUAUCUUAACCACCAGUGUCUAGGUUUCUGAAUUUGAUGUUGUGUAUUGACUUGGAUUUGUGACCAUGAACAGGGGAAACCAGUCGAGUGUCUCUGAGUUCCUCCUCCUGGGGCUCUCCAGGCAACCCCAGCAGCAGCAGCUCCUCUUUGUGCUCUUCCUGAGCGUGUACCUGGUCACAGUCCUGGGAAACCUGCUCGCCAUCCUGGCCACCACCACAGACUCCCACCUGCACACCCCCAUUUAUUUCUUCCUCAACAACUUGUCCUUUGUGGACGUCUGCUUCUCCUCCACCACUGUCCUCAAGAUGCUGGCCAACCACAUACUCGGGAAUCAGACCAUAAUCUUCUCUGGGUGUCUAACACAGCUGUAUUUUUUCAUUGCGUUUUGUGAUGUGGACAAUUUCUUCUUGGCUGUGAUGGCCUAUGACUGCUUUGUUGCUCUGUGCUGCCCCUUACACUACACAACAAAGGUUACCCAUCAGCUCUGUGCCCUGCUGGCUGCUGUGUUUUGCGUCAUUGCCAAUCUGAAUGCCCUGUUGCAUACGCUGCUGAUGGCUCAGCUUUCAAUCUGUGCAGACAACACGAUCCUCCACUUCUUCUGUGAUGUGACUCCUCUCUUGAGACUCUCCUGGUCUGGCACAUACCUCAAUGAGAUGAUGAUUCUCACAGAGGGAGCCCCGAUAAUGAUUACCCCAUUUGUUUGCAACCUGGCUUCCUAUAUUUGCAUCACCUCUGCUGUCCUGAGAGUUCCAUUCACAAAGGGAAGAUGGAAAGCCGUUUCCACCUGUAGCUCCCACCUGGCUGUGGUUUCCCUCUUCUAUGGUACCAUCAUUGCUGUGUAUUUCAAACCUUCAUCCUCCCACUCAGCAGAGAAAGAAAUUGCAGCUGCUGUAGUGUGUGCAGUGGUGACCUCCAUGGUGAACACUUUCAUCUACAGCCUCAGGAACAAGGGUGUGAAAUGGGCUCUAAGAAAAGUGACUUUUAUGAAAAUAUUUUCUGUUAAAUAAUGACUUGGACUCCAAAAGUCAUAAAGGAUGCUACUUUGUAAUAAAGCUUUUUUUUUUUUCCUAAUCCCUGAAACCUAGCAGUUGUCCAUUUAUGUAUUUGUCUUGGGUAAUGAAACUCUUGGUACAGACUCUUCAAGUUACGGUGGGAAAGGGUUAUUCUUUUACCAAAUGACCAGACUAUUUCAACUGCGAAUGCCCUCCAGCCAAAACCACCAGCAACACACCUCUAGUUUAUUGUGUUUAUUAAUCAUUAUGACAAGAAAGAACAUACCCAAUGAAGAUCUGUGGGACUUCUCAGUAGGAGGAGGUUAGAAAGGUCUUAUAGGAUUUGAGUGUGAGCUGAUUUUGGUGAGGAUUUAAGAAAUCAAGGCUUUGAUUUGGAUUAGAUGUUGUCAGAAACCAGGGUUAAUUCUUAUUGGACAUGUCAGUAUCUUAUCUACAAGUAUGAAGACUAGAGGGAAGCAAAAGCUGUAAUUGGCAAGGAAUCAGCCAUCACUCAUAUCAGCCAGGAAGGGGGAUUAAAAAAUAAUUUUUUUGUGUGCUUUAAGUGAAAGUUUACAAAUCAAGUCAGUCUCUCAUAGAAAAAUUUAUAUACACCUUGCUACAUACUCCUAAUUGCUCUCCCCCUAAUGAGACAGCACACUCCUUCCCUCCACUCUCUAUUUUCGUGUCCAUUAUGCCAGGUUCUGACCCCCGCAUCCCUCUCAUCUCCCCUCCAGAUAGGUGAUGGCAACAUAGGCUCGUGUGUCUACUUGAUCCAAGAAGCUCAUUCUUCACCAGCAUCAUUUUCUAUCACAUAGUCCAGUCCAAUCCCUGUCUGAAGAGUGGGCUUUGGGAAUGGUUCCUGUCUUGGGCUAACAGAA